AUGAAGGUUACUACUACACUCUUCGCCACUGUGAUGCUGGCAGGUAGCUCUCUUGCUGCUCCCCGCAGUGGCCUGCUUGAUCGCAUGCACGCUCGUGGUGCUCUGUCCCGCCAGUCCAUCCCAGCUGAGAAAAACAGCAUUCUGCUCAAGGAGGGAACCGAUGGGUCCAAUGUCGCAUACAGCAAGAACUGGGCUGGAGUGGUUCGUGAGAAGCCUCCCCCAAGUGGCACAUACACUGCCGUUUCAGCAACUUUCACCGUCCCAACGCCAACGGCAACCGAUAACUCCAACGAUAUGCAAGCCGUGUCCGCUUGGGUCGGUAUAGAUGGAGAUACCUACACAGACGCGAUUCUGCAGACCGGAAUCGACGCAUACAUUCAAAAUGGCGAGCAAUCCUUCGAUGCAUGGUACGAGUGGUACCCCAACAAUGCGGAAAACUUCGACCUGGGUUUGACCGCGGGAGAUGUCAUCGUUGCGAUAGUCGAAUCCUCCUCGCCCAGUGAGGGAGUCGCUAUCAUUAAGAACGAAUCCAGCGGAAAGAGUGCCACCAAGACUCUGAAAGCACCCUCCGCCUCCGCCACUUUGGCCGGUCAAAAUGCCGAGUGGAUCGUUGAGGACUUCAACUCCGGCAACACCAUGGUUCCUCUGGCCAACUUUGACCGGGUUGACUUUUUUGGUGCCGAGGCCAAGGCCGAUGACGGAUCUUCCUACGGUGUCAAGGAUGCCUCCAUCUUGGACAUUCAGCAGAACGGCGAUGUCAAGGCGCAUGUCGAAGUCUCAGGCAACCAUGAAUUCACUGUCGUUUACCAAUAG